GCUAACACUCAGCAUGGCAUCUGCAAGCUCUUCACAGUCAACAUUCAGGCUGGGCCGCAGUAAGAAGAACCCCACUGUUAUGGAUCAGAUCGGAAAGUUCUUUGGAGGGGAUAAAAAGAAGAAGGGAAAGGGAUCUUUUCGUGGUGGUUUGUCUGCAUCACCUCAAAGAUCGAGCGCAUCUCCUCGUCGCCGUCCAGAUGAGAAUGCUGUUGUGCACUUUUUCAGAACCAUUGUUUCUCCCUCUACCCCCAAAUCUAGGCGAGACCAGAAAUCACAGAGCUCCACCAAAGGCCAAAAGGGACGUGGAGACACCUUAACCCGGAUCUUUAAAUUGGGAGGAAGCCAGCCUGCUUCAACUACCAAGCGUUGAAACCUCAUUACCUUUUCCCAUUUAAAAAUAAAGAGGAAAAGGAUGGAAAACGAAUGCAAAAAAAAUUAUUUUUUACAUUUUGUUUUCUAAUACAGUAACAUUGACUUGAAAAGCUUUUGCAUUGAUACGUUACAACACAAUCUGUGUCUUCUGAAUUAUUCCUGUUCAGUCUUGUCAAACUUGUAUUGACAUAGUUGUGUAUAAUCUUUGAUCUUUGAAAUGGUUUUGUCUUGUCUCUGUAGUGUCAAUACUCACCUUUACACAGCUUAAGUGUAGCCAGUACCUCUCUUAGCAUAGUGUACUAGACCUCAAAUGUGUUUUCUACACCUUUUACAUGUUGAUGAACAGUCUUCUCUGUACAGUGUGAUGGGGUCUGCAUGGAGGUUGUCUUCAUGCCAAAAUGCAUAACUUAUGUUCUGACAUCCACAAUGUAUAUUUUACUUCCAACCACAAACUGUUUUUUAAAUGUGUGUUUGGUUCCGGAGAUUUCUAAUGAAUUUGAUAACCAUAGAUUACUGCACAUAGUUUGAAUAUGACUGAUUCUGUGCCCUUUGCUCAUCAUAGUUUGAUACUUCAUUUUCUAUUCAUACAAAAACAACUGGAAAAAGGGUUCUUAUUUAAACGAAAUAAUAUUUGAUGUCUUCUGUGUUUGUUACACCUAAUUAAUGGCGAUUAAAAACAAUUAAAAGUGUGAA